AUGGAAUUAGCUGGGGAGGAGGUGGAUGUAGAUUCAGAUGUUACUGCUGGUGCAUCUUUCACUCUUCAUAGCAAUUUUAAAAUAUUUGCUCGUGCAAUUUUGGCUUUGAAUCGUGUCGGCAAUGAAUUGUACAUGGAACCAAGUGAUUUCGGUCUUGUUUUGCGAUCUUUAAGCUGUUCAAAGUCGGCCUUUGGCACUUUUAUGUUUUCCAAAUCAUUCUUCAGUGAAUGUGAUGUAUUACGACUUGAUCCGAAUGCUUACAAUGUCUGCCGAAUUCCAAUGAAGUGUGCGUUAUCAGCCUUCAAGUGUGUGAAAAGUUCUGAAAAGGUUGUUCUUUCAUGUCAGAUUUAUCUCAAUCCUCGGGCCGAUACUAUGCUUAUUCAACUCACACAUACCUAUGAUGUCAUAAGAAAUCAUCAAAUACCAUUCUUCGAAUGCACCACCACGUUUCGAACCGUUGUCGAUAAAACAAAUUUAAAUAACUGUUUUGUGAUACAAGCAAGAUUGUUGCUCGAAAUGUUCAAUCGAAUGCAUCACAACACGGAUGAAAUUUCAAUUGAUGCUAAAAUUGACGAAAUAUCAUUCAGAAAUUAUAUUACACACGAACAAGAUAGAGACAUGGUUAUGAAAAUCGAAGGAAAAAUUCCAGUUGCUGAAUUUCAGAAGUACAGUAUUCAACGGCCAGCUGAAAUUACUGUGAAUUUGAAGGAACUGAAAGCUAUUGUAAAUUUUGCAGAUAUUCAUCAGUCAUUUGUCAGCAUUUAUUUCGACCAACCAGGAACACCUAUAGUAGUAGCUUUGGAAGGUGAUGUCGUUUAUACGGCUGAAGUGAUACUUGCAACAGCUGUGGAUGAUCCCGCAGGUUAUGAUGUGAAUCCCGAAGUUCCAAUCAAAAUUGUUCAUGUCCCAAAUGACAAAGGACAACUUAAACGGAAGCGAAGUCAGUCUUCGUUAAAUCCUUAUCUGUCAGAAAAUUCGGCAGCAGAUUGUAUGGUGGCAAGAAAACGAGUCAUUGGGACAUCAGGUGUCAGGAGUAAUGGUGCAAAUGAAGCGUUAAGUGGAGUAGGAAAUAAAGAUUUUGUUAUUGGUCUACCGUACGCAACGUCUUCUCCCAUCAGCGAAACACGAAAGGAGCAGAUGGCACAGAAAGGAAAAGAAGACACAUUGGCGGAGAAUCUAAAACUGCAAGAUGAUGCUGCGAUGGACAUUGGAACAAGUGUGACAGAGACUUCGAGAAUUUCGAGAAUGAAUCCAUGUGUUGAUGAUGUUAGGAGAUCUGGAUCAGAAAGCCCACCUUCUCGAGGUCCAGCCCUCUUUCGCUAUUUAUUUUCACUUGAUGAGCCAACAUUUGAUUCAGCAGAAUUUUCCCGCGACGCGGAAGUUUUGGCUUCUGAUUCAGGUUCAGAAGCUUCAGAUCUACAUCCGGAACAAUAUAUCUUUGAGUCUGAUUCAGAACCCGCUUUAUGA